AUGUUGCCAACGAUAGUAGGUGUCACAGGAAUGUGGCAUCCGGGAAGCUGCUUUGACGACCUCGCAGCUGUCUUUGAGAAGAGAGGUUAUCCAUUUGUUAGUCAAGAUGCUCCCGGUAUUCUCUCAGAAGAUCCUAUCAACAGCACGGUCGACAUGGAUGCUGAAUCGCUCCGACAAAACAUCCUUCUUCCAUUGCUCUCCGAAGGCAAAGAUAUUAUUCUUCUUAUGCACUCAUAUGGUGGCGUUUACGGGUCAGCCGCUGUGCAUGGCUUGAGUCGUAAAGAAAGGGAAAAGGCAGGCCAGGAAGGUGGUAUAGUUGGCCUUGUAUAUGUCACAGCUGUUACGCCUGCUGUUGGAAAAUCCUUGCUAGACAUGAUGGGACUCACUCCGGAAAAUCUACCACCGCAUGUUGUGUUGAAUGAAUCAACAGGACAAAUCAUGUUGAUUGAAGCAGACAAAUAUAUGUAUCACGAUAUUCCGACAUCUGACGCCGAUAAAUGGAUUGCCAAGAUCAAACCCCAGGCUUUCAACUCCGUCAACACGGCGAUUUCAUAUUCUCCUUUAGCAGACUCGAAUUAUGAAGGUUCAUUUGGAUAUAUAUUCUGUGGGAACGACAGAGUUCUCCCAUUGGAGGCUCAGAAAUAUUAUGCAGACAUAUCUGGGAUUAAGAACACUGUACUCGUUGAAGCUGCAUCGCAUGCAUUUUUUGUCGGCACUUGUGAGGAAACAGUUGCUGCCACUAUCUCACUGUCGAAAUCUAUUGCAAUUGCUAGCUAA